GUUUUUUUGGUAUUAUAUAAAUUUUUAAGAAACAUUUCCUCUAUUUUAGAUUUUAGAUUUUCAUGAAAGUCCACGUUUCGGUGAUUAUAUAACAGCAGUCCCAUGUUUUUUAUCAUUGUUAUAAAUUAUGUUWUGUGUUGCCGCUUCCGUACCCAAGUGCUUUGCGAUCUUUAUAUGUAAAUUCAUUUUGUCGCUAGCUAUAAGACUCUCCGUCGUARAGGCAGUUGGUCGAAAGAACCGCUGUCGCCAAGAUUUGUUGAACACCUCUUAUGGCAAACAAGAGUUGUAGCAUCACSUUUCCGAGCUGGACGCUGAAAUAUUUCAGUCUAGAUCUAUCUGCAGAACAGGAGCCAGCGGACAUUGAGAACGAUGUGCAAGUGCUAGAAGAUAUUGGCAACGAUGCUAAGGAGGRUAUGUCAACAGUGAACCUGACAGAAAUGUCGAAUGAAUCAACAAAAAGGCGUUUUUCCUCGCUGUUGACUGUUAUUUGUAGAACUGCUAAAAAAUCUGCUAAUAGAGUUGCCAGGAUAAGGMGAAGCAAGCCAGUUGUCGAAGAACCCAAGAAAAUUCCAYUGUGYAACGAGAAUGCUGCUCAACUUCAAAAUAACGCCAGUACUUGCUCCGAAAACAGCGCAAGAGAACAAGUCGACCAAAGAUUCUGUGAGACGUACGAGCUCUUGCAUCUUAUUGGUCGAGGUGGCUUUGCUAUGGUUUACUCGGGCGUUCGUGUCAGAGAUUCUAAACCGGUUGCAAUAAAGGUCAUUCCGAAAAGCAAUGUUUAUUCUUACGAAGAGAUCGAGGGAGUCUCGGUACCAAUGGAGGUAUAUCUUCAGAGAUAUUUAGAUCACCCCAACAUUAUUCAGCUCUACGAUUUCUUCGAGUACCAACAGGCCUAUGUACUGAUACUGGAGAGACCCGUCCAUUACAGAGACUUAUUUGACUUGAUAACUGAGAGAAAGCGGCUAAGUGAACACGAAGCUAAGAGCAUAUUCAGACAGGUCGUCCACGCUGCUAUGUACUGUGAGACGAAGGGRGUUUUUCAUCGCGAUAUCAAAGACGAAAACAUUCUUCUGGACACAAAAACUGGACAAGUCAAGUUAUUUGACUUCGGUUCUGGGACUAUACUUGAGAAUACAUUAUACACAGAUUAUGAAGGAACACGUGCCUAUUGCCCACCUGAGUGGUUUCGUUUCCAUCGUUACUACGCCCGCUCUGCGACGGCCUGGUCACUAGGGAUUCUGCUUCAUAACAUGUUGAUGGGUGACGUGCCGUUUAGUAACGAGAUUGAGAUAGUUCGAGCUGAGUUAAAUUUUACUGACGAUAUCAGCCCUGAUGCGCAAGACCUGGUACGUCACUUGCUGGCAAAGCACCCGUCAAACCGACCAGCCCUUGAUGACGUCAUUCAGCACAGAUGGUUAUACGAAUCGAGACAGCGCCCGCGAUCAUCACARGACCGAAUCCGUUACCAUAGUGAUAACAAAUACCAUAGCAACAAAGCUAUUAGAACAUAUAAGGGUCAUGAUAGUGAAUAAAUUUUUUUAAAGUAUAUCAGAAAAAAAAUGUUAAAAUUGAAAAAAAAAUUAUAGUAUUUUUUUAUUGCUUUGUUUUUCCUAUUUGAAUUAAAGUUGUU